AUGGAUGGAAUUGCUGCCGGUGCUCCAUAUCACUCCAAAUUCUCCAAUGAAGCUACAGGUCCAUUGCCCAGAGCUCCUCGUGUGCCAAUGAACAAGAAGCUCAAGAUGAUAUGUGCCUUAAUCGACAAUCUGAACCUCACACCAAAGUCAUUCAUCAUUGCUUUCCUUGAGCAGGACGACGACAGCAUGGCAUUCAAACGUCGUUUAUGGGCUACCGACCAGGGUUGGGACUCAACCGAGGCCUUGUUGCUUGCAAUCAAACACCUCUGUUGCUCCCACGUUGCCGGACGGGCUCUCUGGGAAGAGUUUAUCUUAUCGCAGGCAAUCGAAAUUGUUUCGGCACAGAGACCAGUCAGUGGUAUGGCACCUCAGGGCUCAUAUCACACAUCAGCUACUUUGUCAGAUGCAUUUUUCACCAAGGAAGAACGGGAUCAUCGGAACACGGCCUUGAUAAAUCGGAUGCCUUUCCUCUACCGCUUGCUUUGUUCAAAACUCCAGGGGAACAUGCCUGGAGUUCAUGUGGGCUCAGUGGCCCCACAGGAUCCAGUUCAGGUGUUGAGGAAUACCUCAGGGCUCUGCUGA